AUGAACAAAGCUUCCGAUGCCACCCAAGACAAGCUCGACGAGGGCAUCGCAUCGCAUCGCGAGACAAAGUCAGAGAUCACGGUCGAACAAGAAAGCCACAACGCCCCUGCCCAGGGGAUAGGCAAGCAACCAAAAGUUGAUGCCGCCAGCCCCUCCAAAGGACGAUGGACCAGCAAGGAAGAAGAAGCCAAGGGUAUCGAUCGGGCUUUCGAGACAGGAGCAAACGAACUACAUCUGACAGUGUUAACAGAGAAACGGACAAUAACGACAACACAUGAUCAACGGUCGGCCGGCGACACACAAUCGUCCACACCUGCGACUACGUAUACCCCCACCGAAGGCAUGCAGCAGCCUCUACGAUUCAGAAAAAUCCAUAACGCUACUCCGCCCAAGAAGCACGGUUCUCAAAGAGAGGAAGUACGGUCGAAGAAUGUCAACAAUACCCAAAAGACUACAGUGGGACCCAUCCAAUACGAUUCCGUCCUGGUUGCGCCUGCUGUACAAUACCACUCCCGCCGAGAGACGGUGACGAGUAUGCGGCGAGCCCUUGAUGGCGUGACUAGACAGUUGCGGCUCCAGGCCAUCCAGCAAGUAAAGGACCAACCCCCCAUCAACUGGCGUGAUACUUUGGACAUUCUCCGACUGCGGACCCGGCCGAUCAAGGGCCCGUGGCAGAUUCAUGCACGCAAAAUCUUAGUUGAGCCAGAGCUUGGGAACAAGUUACUAUACGAAGUGGACCACACUAUUUGGGACAUACACGAACAGACACGUUGUCAUAUCGAGCUUCGUUGGCCAAAGGACGACAACGGAAAACGGUCAAAUCAUGGGAUUUACCUGCUACUCUCAGGAGACGAGGAGGCGUUAGAGCAUGCGGCCGAAGAGAUCUCCCGGAUUGCUAUUCGAAAUAGCUGCAGGAUAAGCAUCGAAGGAGCAAUCGGCAGCCAGUCCAUCGGCAGCCAAGCUUCUUCGGCCAAGCCUGAAAAGCCGGCAUCGUCUACGGCAGAGAUAGUGUGGAAGAGUUCCGUGGAAAAGCAGCGACCGGGCUAUACUGCUCAGUAUACACUUUCCGUGCCUUACCAUAAGAUUCCGAAGCCUGAAAAUUGGACUCCUCAGACGUUUCUGGAGUAUAUCAACGCUAUCACGAACGCCAGCCUCCCUGACCACCUCGUGUCCAAGUUUUACGGCUCGGGCACUACAGCGAACAAAGCAGCAAUAGCUCUCCUCAAAGCGGCCUUUGCCGACCAAACUGCGAGCAAUGCGCACUCGAGGCGAGCAUUCAAACGGGCGUUGUACUUCAUUGAGAGACACGGUCAUUCGCAUCGCAAUGAAGCCCGCGAGUUGUUUUUCGAUGAGAAAUUGAAACUAACAUUGCCGCCGGUUGACACUGGCACCUUCAAUACCCUUCUGAUCGGAAACGUCAAAGUCAAGGACCUAUACAACUUUGACUCUGUCCUGAAGCUGAUGGUUCAACACGGCUGCCUUCCGAACGCUGAGACCUGGUCGCUGUUUCUCCAGCUCGUGGAGAAUGAACAAGUCCGCCGCCAUGUGAUCCAGAUCAUGUAUUCACUCGGCCUGCUCCUGGAUCCAAUUGCCGUUCAACACACUGUAAAGGAACUAGUCGUAUAUGACACCCGCCAUGCCCGAGAUAACUGGCCCGGUAUGCGGGAGUUUCUCGAAAGACUGGACGCCAAUUAUGGCAAAUACUGGGUCUCACAACCCGCCAUGAACAAGAUCAUGAUCGAGCUCGGACGCCUGGGCGACUUGACCUCCUGUCUAGAGCUCUUCGACAUCAUGACCGCAAUGUCCUUGACCCCGACCACCUACACACUUAACAUUGCUCUGUAUCAUGCGCGGUCGCAGAGGAACUUGACUGCCGCCAUAGGCUUCCUCCGCAAGGCAUUCCCGCUCAAAAUCGCGUUCGACGAGCAAACGUACAACGAGCUGUUCACUUUGGCGUUUAGGACGCGCAGGCCCAACGCCAUAGGUCUCAUAUGGCAUCACGCCUGCGUGGAAGGCAAGACCAGCUGGCACAUGCGUAAUCACGUUUCCCGUGCGAUAAAACAGAGCCAAAAAGGGUUCAAAAUCAAGACGGCUGACAAACUGGAGGUCGCAAAUUUUCUGGCAUUGCCUUCUUUUUGUCCACAAGACAUGAAACUGGGAGGAAGCUAUCAUGCUGGCGCUCGGAUUGCUGACCUUAUGCACCAACGGUUCAAGGAGUGGCGUCCUGAUGAGCCCCUCCACGAGGCCCUGGCCGCGACGUGGGUGGACGACAGCCGAAUCCUCUGGGCGGUCAAGCAAGUCAAGGAGCAGGGCAAGGUGUUACACGAGACUACCGAGCCUGGUAGACCGAUAUCCCUUCGACCGAGGCUUCGGACGCGGAGCACCGAUCCUCCACAAUGCCCACGUCUUGAUAUCAUCAUCAAGUAUGUCGCUCCUGUCGACAGCGACAAGAGCGCUUUUCCCGACGAGCGGACCCCCGAAACCACCGCCCCUGAUCUUGAGAAGAACAUCAACCCCUGA